CUUAACCUACAACAAGAGGAUAAGUUAAUUAGAUACAUAGAAAGGUAUAUAAGGGAUAGUGUACUACCUACACAAAGUAUUUUAAAAAAUUUCAGCAGCGUGGUUGCGCAGCAAGAGGUCUCUGAAAGCUGGAUUACCUGGUUUCAACACCGCCAUCCUGACAAGCUUAUCACUAAAUACAACACUAGUAUAGAUUAUAGGCGUCACCUGGCUGACAACAAGUAUAAAUACAAGUUAUACUUUAACUUGCUGCACUCUAAGAUGCGAGAACAUGGCAUUGACAAGCGCAACACGUACAAUAUAGAUAAGAAAGGCUUCUAUGUCAGCAUCACCCACCACACUAAAAGGAUCUUCUCUAAGGCAGUUUAUGAGUUAAAAGAGCGUACAGCAGCAAUAAGAGAUAGCAACAGAGAAUAG